UUCGCGGAUCCUCCUGCUUUCACCUCGCAGCAGCAGCCGGAGUCUCUCGGGACUCAAACUUCAGACAAACUACAGUUUAUUUUUCUUAAAUCUAGUUGUGUUCUUCAGCUGAAAACAUGGCUCAGGUCAACACUUGCCUCAAACGGGUCUUCACCAUCUUCAACGUGUGUUUCGCGAUCAUCGGUGGAGUCAUCAUCAGCCUCGGUCUGCUGUGUCAGAUCCUCACCAGCUAUCAAAGUGUGCAGAAUCGGACCGACGCCCUCGUUGUCUUCUACGUUGUCGGCAUCAUCACCAUGGUGAUCGCCAUCCUGGGAGCCUACGGAGCCCAUAAGGAGAGCAGAGUGUCCAUGAUCAUAUUCCUGGUGUGUAUGGUGGUCGGCAGUCUGCUGAUGCUGAGAGUUGGAGUCCCCUUCGCCGCCGUCCGUCCUCAGUACAAAGAGAUGAUGGAGGAGAAGUUCCGGACCUUUCUGCCUCUGGAUCAGGCUUCAGAUGAGGCAAAGAAUAUGGUCAACAGCUUGCAGAGCACGAUGCACUGCUGCGGUCUGUUCAGCUACACCGACUGGGAGUCCGAUAUCCCCCCCUCCUGCCUGUGUGACCCGUCCGAGGAGGAACAGAUGGGAGCGUGUCGCACCAUCGACUACAGAAGCCUUUUCCAGCAGAAGUCCGUCUACGCCAAGCCCUGCGUUCCCAUCAUCCUUCACUACGUCCUGCUGCUGCUCGACAUCGUGCUGGGCGUCAUCUUCUCUCUGCUCGCGCUGGCGGUGCUGGGCAUGAUCCUGUCCUCCAUCAUCCUCCACCAGAUGCGUUACCCCAACAGACCCACUGUCCUGAUGACGGUGCCCACCAUCUUCACCACGCCGCCACCCAAGUACCAGGAGCUGCACAACCCCCCGACCUACUGAGGGAGCGACUCCAGCUUCCUGUUUACAGUAUCAGGAGGAGGCCAGUUCUUCUGAGGUCAAAGUGCCUCUGGUCUCUGAGGAGAUGCGACUGCAAACAAGUUCAUUUUCUAAUUAAAGAAAAGAAUAGCUGCAACAAGAUUUAUUCUUCUGUCAGAAUCUGCCGUUUAAUUAAGUUUGUAAAUGUUUUUCUAAUCAUCAGAUUAAUAUUCCAUGUUGGUUUUUAAUGAAACAUCGCCAACGUUUGUUUCCAGGUCACAAAAUCUUAUUUAUUUUGGUGAAGAGAAAUUUGAUUUUGGUUACUGAGAAAAUGUGAAAAUGAAAGUUUUGAGCGGCAAAAAUAUUCUCAAAAAAUAAAAACCAUUUUAUUGUUAGAACAAAAUGAGACAUUAAUCCCUAAAAUGUGCCUUUUUUUUUCUCUGAAGUUCGGCUCUAAUCUUUUUCUGUAGAGACGCAAAUACGUUUUUUAAAAUCUUUCCUUUGUCGUCAUGUCGCUUCAAACAAACUAAAACCACUAAUUCUCAUUUUGUUAAAGCAAAUGCAAAAAAUAAACUGGAGGUAGAAGCACUGAGCUCAACCACAGUCGCUUCAAAAGAUUUAGUUUUAUAUAAAAAAAAGUAUUUUUAACAGUGAAAAGCUUAAAUUAUAUUUUUCUUGUUCCGACCCUGAAGGGAUUUAAAUCCACUGUUUGCAGAAAACGUCAUUCUUAUGUCAGUUACUGUAUUUUUUUAAAAAGUUUUUAUAUUCUUUUAUUAUUGUAAGUGAAUGUGACUCUGGGUCUUUUCUCUCUGUUUUGUCUGAUAAUUCACAUUUCUCUUGUAACCAGCAUCGUGUCACAAACAUUCGCUUAAGUGUCGACGAAGAUUUAGACGUGAAAUUAAAAACGCAACAACAGAUAAAACAAAAACUGUCGGAAAGAGAAACUGGAGAAAAGGGAAAUGUUUUUUUAUUUCACGUUUGAUUGUUCUGCUUGUGAAAUGAUUUAAGAAAUAAAACCUACACCAGAAACUGUG